AUGGGCGAGACACGGACCGAACAUCUUGCGCGGUACGCUGCCAGCCUACAAUACGGCGACAUCCCGGCGCCCGUGGUCCAGCGCACCAAGGAACUGUUUUUGGACUGGCUGGGCUGUACCAUCGCAGGACGCCACCAUCCUGCAGUCGCAGCAAUUGUGCGAUAUGCAACGCAAAUGGGCCCUUCAUCAGGGAAGAGCGAGUUGGUGGAUGGAUCCCUUGGAUUCAGCACCAGCCCUGCCUUUGCCAGUUUGAUCAACGCGGCCGCUUCGCAUGUCGUUGAGCAGGAUGAUCUGCACAAUCGAAGUAUCAUGCAUCCGGCAACGGUUAUUUUCCCUGCUGCUCUUGCUGUGGCGCAGGACAUCGGUGCCAAUGGCCAAGAUUUCAUCACGGCCUGUGUCGUGGGUUAUGAAGUUGGAUGCCGUGUAGGAGAGUUCUUGGGGAAGAGUCAUUACGAGGUAAAUGGAACCUCUGUAUGGCAACAGAAAUCAAUUUGUCUGACAAGAAUCUAG